AUGAGUUUUAUGAACUAUUUUUUCACACUGGAUGCUAUUUUUGCGUCAAUUUCGGGAUUUUUGUUAUACGUUGCCCCUCACUACUUUGCAGAUGCUCUUUUUGUGAGUUUUGAGAGAUCUUUGAAUAGGGUUUCAAAAAAAGAAGAUUUUUUAUUUAAAAAAAAUGAUAAAGAUUUUCAAAUAUUGAAUAUUUUUGAAACAAAAUCAAUCACAACAGUCAAAAUCCAUCUAUUUAGCUCAACUCGAACGUGGAAAAUUUUAGAAUCCAGUUUUUUAAUUUUCGCGAAGGGUUAACUCAUAUUAAAAAAAUUGCGCUAACUAGUUUUUGAUAAAAAACAUUUUUCAUAAAAACUGAAAAAAUGUUCAAAUUUUUUUUCAAAAUGACUUAACUGAUCCUGAAUUAUUCAAACUGAAAGAAAUUCCAAAAAUUCUAAAAAAAAUUGAAAAUAAAAUUUAUUCCAGCAACGACAAACUGACGGAGUUCAUUGGCAUUUGAUGAGAUGUGUCGGUGGUCAGAUCUUCGCCUCUUCUUUCGUCGCAUACAGAUUCAGAACAUCUAGCCCAGUUUCCCAAUCUGUUUGUCAUUUCAUCCGUUUGAUUGUGAGUUUUCUGUAGAUUUCUGGAGGGAAUAUUCAGGCUUCAAAAUUUGUUUAAAUAUUCAGAAUGUCCGACUUUAAAUCUGACCAAAUUUGCUCCAAAAAUUGAAAAAAAAAAUAUUUUCAGCCAUCAAUUCUUCUUCUAGUCCUCAUUUUCCAAAUCCAAUCAAUGACUCCUGAUCUUGUUCCAACUACUGUAAGUUAUUUGUUUCUUUUCCCACUCUAAAUCUAGUUUGAUUCCAACGCUUGCUCAUAUUCCAGUUCUUGAAAGCUCUCAAAUAUUUGAUGUUCGGAACUGUUGCCACCCAUUUCCUGUUCUUAUCAAAAUCCGGCUGGUUAACCGGUCAACGUUUGGCAGUCGAGAACAAAUUCGGCAACUUUUUAUAUCAAUUAGACUCAUUGGCCUCAAUUUGCAUUGGUGUCGCCUGGAUGACAUUCCCAAAAUGGUUGCUUCAUCGUCAAGUUUUGGUGGAAUUAGAUGAAUCACACGAAUUGUUGGGACGAGUUAUGGGAGCCAAUUUCAUCUCGUCGUUUAUUGUUUCAACACACGCUUUGUAUUUUGAGUCGAGAAAUGAUCGAAAUAUUGCUGUUGAUAGUCGUGUUGUGGUGAGUUAUUGAUUUUUUUUUCAAAAUUAUUAUAUGGGCCUUACUUAAGUGGGCGUGGCUUAUAUGCAACUAUCGCACACAAUAUUUGAACGUCGUAGGUGGUCUCAGCUUACGAAGUUAGCUUUUCAAAAAUCCCUUAUGUAUGUCUGAACAAAAUGUUCACCUCUAGAAGAUUUUUGAUUUUCUGAAAAAUGUAGGGGGGUUUUUGGAGUCUGAACUUUUGAGAGAAUUCAUUUUUCGAGCUCAAUUCAAUGUAUCAGAAUUAUUCUAAAUUUACAGUUAACUUAUAAACUUUUUUCAGAACUUGACUUAGCUCAAGUCAAUCCACCAGAAAGCGAUCCUUGUAUUUUUUUCUGAAAUUUCCUUUUCUGUCUGAAAGCCCUUUAUAUUCGCAAAAAAAAAUGUUUCCCGAGGGCAGAUUUUUUUUUCAAAAGUAUAUAACUUCGAAACAGAAGUUCAGUACAAUUCACACGUUUUUUGUGUUCAAAAUUUUUUAUAAAACGUAAAGCAGUAACUAUGAGAACGGAUUAUUUCUUGCCGAGCUACAAUUUCACCUUCCCAACAGAUAGAUAAUUAUUAUUUACCCAUUCUAUAUCUUUGCGAUACGAAACAAAACGCCAAUUAAAAUCAUGCGGGGUGUGACACCUGAAAUUAAAUUUCCUGCCGCUUUUCGAGUAAUAGGCAACCUAGGCAACCACUCUCAUCUCUUUUGUUUUACAUUUUAUAUAUACGCUUCUUCUUUUUUCAGAUUUGAUAUAUACUUUUAUUUGAAAAUUUAAACUUUCAUUUUCAUAAUUCAAAAUGUUUUGUUUCAGUGCUGCAUUUCUAUUCUUGGUGGUCAAUUAUGGUCCCAAACAUACGAACAUUGGUCCGGAAAUCAUUGGAUCGGAAUCACUCUAUUCUCAACAUGGACUGUCAUUUCAUUGAUCUACAGAAGCUAUCUGACAUUCACCACCAACACAAAAUCAACAAUUAAAAAAUCGCAAUAA